AUGUCCCGCAAGUUCGAAUUUGAAGAUUUGGCCACAGUUACACUGACUCAGACCUGCAGUGCUAUUGUGACGAGACCCAAAGCUGAGGAGCUGUCUGACCUAGGGAGUUUCAUAAUCCCAUGUACGAUAGGCAACUAUGCAUUUGCUAAGGCACUGUGUGAUCUGGGGGCAAGCAUAAACCUCACGCCCAUGGCUAUCUACAAAAGGCUAGGCAUUGGAAGAGCUAGACCCAUGUCUAUGUUACUACAGUUGGCUGACCGGACAAUGAAGAGGCCAUCUAGGAUUAUAGAUGAUGUAUUUGUACAGGUUGGGAAGUUUGUGUUCCCAUCAGAUUUUGUCAUCCUUGACUGUCCGGUUGACGAGGAAUUUCCCAUAAUUUUAGGAAGACCAUUCUUGCCCACUGAGAGAGCGUUGAUUGACUAUGAAACUGGAGAGCUCAAGAUGAGGUUAAAUGAUGAAGAGAUAACAUUCAACGCGUAG